AUGCCUAACAGGGCCCGCGUGAAGCAGUACGGUCGGUUGCUUGCGUCGAUUCGUAUAAACGGCGCCAUCUUGACCAACGUCAACGCCAACCCCAUCACCCUGCAACCAGACAACAUUCGUGGACUUGGCGAAAUCGCGGCUAUACUAAAGCCGUACGGCGUGCAGAUUGGCCUUGCGCUUAACUUUGCUUCCCCGCAGCUUUUGGGUGGGUUAUCGACGUUUGAUCCGCUCGAGCCAUCCGUCAUCUCCUGGUGGGAAGACAUCACAAACAAGAUCUACAACGAGAUUCCAAACUUUGCAGGAUACCUUGUCAAGGCGAACUCAGAAGGACAACCAGGACCGCUCACCUACAACCGCACGCUGGCCCAGGGAGCUAAUCUCUUCGGCGAUGUCCUCAGACCGCAUGGAGGAAUCGUCCUGUUCCGCACAUUUGUGUAUGAGAUGCUGAAUAUCACCGAUUGGAAAGCAGAUCGUUCUGCAGAAGCGUACAACGCGUUCCAGGGUCUCGAUGGAAAGUUCCAUGAUAAUAUUAUCCUUCAGAUGAAGUACGGUCCACUUGAUUUCCAAGUCCGGGAACCUGCACAUCCCUUAUUUGGGUACUUCAAGAACGCCAACGCUGGUAUUGAACUUCAGAUCGCGCAGGAGUACCUGGGACAGCAAGCGCAUACGGUCUACUUGGCUCCUCUCUGGAAAGAGAUAUUAGAUACGGAUCUUCGUGUUGAUGAUAAGCCAUCUGUUGUGCGAGACAUUAUCUCAGGGAAGCGGUUCAACCGUCGGAUCGGUGCGUUCUCAGGUGUAGCGAAUGUGGGGAUGAGCCAGACUUGGACUGGUAGCCAUCUCUCCAUGUCCAACCUUUACGCCUUUGGCCGCUUAGCCUGGGACCCGACCGAUGAUCCCGAGGCAAUUAUCAAAUCAUGGAGCCGUCUGACUUUCGGUCUUCAUCCACAAGUAACAGAUAUCGUCACGCGCAUCGCCAUGGAGUCGUGGCCGGCAUAUCUGAAUUAUAGCAGUGGAGACCUGGGACUGCCAACCCUUACAGAUGUCACGAAUAACCACUUCGGGCCAAAUGUGCGAGCUGGCGAUGACAACCCCUAUGGUAUCUGGACUCGGUCUGAUUCAUUCUCCAUCGGUAUGGAUCGCACUGUGUCGAACGGUACAGGCUUCUCUGGUCAAUAUCCCCCCGCACUCGCAGAGAAAUUCGAACACAUAGAAACCACACCAACAAACAUGAUCCUAUGGUAUCAUCACGUCAAAUACACACAUAAGCUUCCAACUGGGAAAACGGUGAUCCAACAUAUGUACGAUGCUCAUUAUGCUGGGGCCGAAACGGCGCAUACCUUUCCGAAGCUAUGGAUGGGAGCUCAAAGAUAUGUUGACGAAGAACGCUUCAAGUCUGUACUCUUCCAGCUCACUUUCCAAGCUGGCCAUGCGAUCGUGUGGAGAGAUUCUAUAGUGGAUUAUUAUCACAACCUCACAGGGAUCCCUGAUGAAGCGGGACGUGUUGGACACCAUCCAUGGCGCAUAGAAGCCGAGGCCAUGUCUCAUAGCGGAUACAGGACCGCCGUGCUGGACCCUAUUGAGUCUGCCUCUAAUGCCACUGCACUCGAAACAAUCGGUAACAGUACAGUAGCUACGGCGAGUACAAAUCUUGACUUUCAGCCUGGGAGAUACGACAUCGCAGUCGUAUACUUUGAUAUUCUUGGUGGGACUUCGAAGUGGGAAGCGUACCUGAACGGCAAACUGUUGGGAAAGUGGGUUGGCAAUUUGGAAACAACUCUCAGUCGCGCAGCAACGACAGAACCAGAUGGUGCUUCGAAAGCCCGUAUCACGUUCUCAAACGUAAAGAUUGAGCAAGGGGAUAUCUUCAAGGUCGUUGGAAAGGGGGACGGCGCGGAAUUGGCACCUCUUGACUUUGUAGUAUUCCUUCCCCCGGAAGUUAUUGAUUGA